UACGCGAAUAUCACGUUACUAUUUAUUGAUCAAACGCGCACAUCCAUCGUCAGGGAUACAGGUGUAGAGAUAACUUCGGUGGUACAAGCGUCAACAUAAGUCGAAAUUAUGGCAAAUCAUGCGGAAUAUAUUGUGUCGCCGUGGGAAAUCGAAGCUUACGUACAAAGUCUGGACGUUUCAUGUCUGGAAAGUUUCGGUACGAAAAGCUGGUUGGAUUUUCACAAGAAGCUGGCAUUAUUAAACCAGCAAAGCGUACUCGAAAUAACAGGAUUACGCGAGGAGAGCGUUAUGGAGUGGUUUAUCUCGUUGAAGAAGGUCUUCAUUCUUAUAUACGAGGCCAUACAAAUCGAUGUGUGGAAGCACAAAGCAUUUCCGCAUUUGAUUGUUCUCAACGGCGAACCGUCGAGUACGUUCAUGCUGUUCAGUGUGCUCUAUCACGAGGUCGUCGUAGUUUCAUUACUGGAGAAUAUAUUAUUCCACUGCGAGAGCGCGGAAACGCUAGACGACACGGUAAUCGAUCUAAUCGAUUACGCCGUUCAACGCGUGAUGAUGCUUCUCAAUGAGAAGUCCUUGGAAAUCUAUGAAAACGUCGAACUGAAUAAUGAUCCUAAUUCUUGCCUGAGAGAAAUACUGGAGAAACAGAAAGUCUUCGAGUUUGACAUCGGAAUGCGAUGCAUCUCCAUUCUUCACUAUUUGAUAGAAUUAUCAGACAACAUACCGCUUUGUGCAAUUUCGCGUAUGUUGGCCGUGCACGAUGUUCCUUACUUGUUCGUACAGCUAAUAGAAAAUCAACCGUGGAAGAAGCAAGAUGAGGAAGGUGAGACAUUUACGUACGAUGCGAGCUGGAGGAAAAUAAAGGCAGAAGAAGCAGGAAAAAUUAAUAAAAGGGAAGGACAAGUAUGGUUUGCUUUGAGAGAGUUACUUCUCAAUCCAAAGUGUUCUCCUUACUACGAGAUAACGGAGCACAGAUUGGCUCAGUUGUCAAAGUUGCAGAGAUACUUGCACGAGGAUGUGUUGGAUCAAGUUGCUCCUUUGAUAGAACUCAAGAGAUGGUUGUCUUACUUAAGCAUGUCUGGGACGCCAUCCUCGAAAGCAACUUGUGCCGUUCAAGUGGAACUCCUACCACAGAUAAAAUCGUCAAUUUUGGAGAAACACCAUAAAAAAUGGAAGAAGCUGGCGAAACAUCAGUCUAAAUAUCUAUUCACAACAGAUGCGAGCUACAUUAAGGACGCCGCGCAAAUCUUGAGCGACGUGUAUGACGCGGAAAAGUUGGAUCGCGUAGAAGUGAAAAGGUGUUUCUCGUGCCAAGAGCCAUCUAAGAAACGAUGCUCCAAAUGUAAGGAGGCCUGGUAUUGUAGCAGGCAAUGCCAAGUGAAGGAUUGGGAGAAUCACAAGAAAAUUUGCGACAAGAUAACGAAAACUGAACAAUGAGAAUACACACAGAUCUUGAAUAAUAUUAUUCCUGUACCUUCAUUCUGUAAGAUCAGUGUAACGGUAAGAGCACUACGUACAUCAAUAAAUAUGCUUUUCUAUG